AUGGGAAAGUUGCGAACUGAUGUGAUGACAUUGAUCAUCGAGCUUGUAACCCACAACAUAUACAAUCACGGUCGCAAAGAAACGUGGUCAUGGGACAUCAUCGACAACCUAUACCUUUACCUACCAUCUACUUCUCCCUUACGCAAGUACGCUGUCGCGUUCUACGCGGUAUUUGGCCCAUGGAUAAGCAAGGAUGAGUGGGAAGAUUAUCCCAAGUCUUUUAUGAUCGAUCUCCUCACGGUCACCGUGCCUCUCCGGGGUACUUCAAGCAAACAAAAGCGCAAGGAAGACCUUUGUGACCCUUGCAACUUCCAUGAGCACGGGGGUGACAAGAAGAUGAUUGCUGCCUGCAAAUCAUCACGGCAGCAAUCAGGCGGGUGGCUCGCUGGAUUUUUGCGUGCAUGCAUGAGCGAAGUUUACGAUUACGACGAUGCGAGAUUAUUGGCAAAGUCUAAUAUGAAGAAGGGUGACAGUACCAAGCUUAAGGCUGCUGUACCGGAGGAGAAAGAUGAUACGACUGUGCCAUCUUCUGCUGGCGUUAAGAUGGCGAAUGAGAAGGUUGAAGUUGAUGACAUCUCACGAGGUGUGGAUGAUAGUUCUGAUACUGGCUUGCUCAACGGUGGUCAAAAUGAGGCUAUCUCGGAUCCAGCCGUCAACCCGUCGCCAUAG